AUGUGUUGCCGAGGUGGACGGGCCAGUGAGCCAGCUGCCCCUGCGAAGAUCGGACAUGGUCUGACUCUCUGCGAGCGGAAAGUCUCCGUUGAAGUGCUUGCCGUCAUGGAGCGGUAUGCGGCCGUGCUGGACAAGCCUGCGGGAAUCUCGACGGAGGACCUGAUUGAGGCAUACCAGGCGGAGAUUGAUGCUGAUGCCGAUGGGCAGAGCUAUCGAGUCCAAUCGGUUUCUCGCUUGGAUCUGCCCACUUCUGGAGCACUGGUCGUGCCACUCUGCAAGGAGGCUGAAGAGGACUUGAAGUCACGAUUUUCCUCACGAGAGGUGGCGAAAGCGUACCUGGCUCUGGCUGUCGGGGAUGUGGUCCCGGAUCGAGGAAGCAUCGAAGCAAAGCUGCGCAGCGUUCAGACGGCCGACCGGCACCGCGCAGUAGUCCAUCCCUACGGAAAGCCGGCUGUCACCUUGUACAGGAAGCUCGCGCGCUUAGACGGCGACGUCCACAACAGCUGCUAUUCCCUGAUCCUGGCAUGGCCUCUCACCGGGCGCAUGCAUCAAAUCCGAGCUCACUUCGCCCACAAAGGCUUCCCGCUAGCCGGGGACGUGCGCUACGCCCCCAAGAAGGAUGCCACGGCUUGGUGUGGUCGGCGCUUAUUCCUGCACGCUGCACAUCUUUCGCUAUUCGACGGAUUUUUGGCAUUCUCUCCGCCGAAAGAGGACCUCCUACAGCCUUUAAGAGAACUGAAGCUGCCCGCAGAUCUGCUGGAGCAGCUGGCCGACCCCGGAGUCUACCAAAGAUGUAGAUCCCAGGAGAUGCUGGUCGAGGAGAUGGAGAACGAGGCCGGCCCUGCGAAGGACGCGGACGAAAUCGACUUCUCAGACUCUGAUUCUGACACGGACGUCGAGGCACUGCUGGAAAAAGGUGGCCUGAAAGAUUGGGACCCCAGCUCCGCGGCGCCGAUCCUGGCUGCACCGCCCCGGCCCCCUCAGCCAGAGACUCCUCCGGAAGCCUUUUCGGAGACAGCUGCGGAAAGAACGGCCGGCACAGACGGUGUCGCGGCCCAAAAGCCGUAA